AUGUCAUUUCGGCAACAAUACAUAUCGUCAUCUCCUCCCAUUGUGAAUCCCUCCAUCUCGAUGGCAGGAGUGACCGAGGACUCCGGAGACACAAAUCUCGCCACUUUUGACCUCGACUACGGUGACAUUGAGUUAAGUCAUGAAGAGAUAGAGGCGUUUGGUCACAUCAGGAACAUCGUUAGUCAGGGCCACGUCAACAGUAGCUUUAUGCCGGCACUUUCUGGGACUAGCUCUAGCACAGAGGCACAUGUUGAAGAACAGCCUAUUGUCUCCUACCGCGGAGUCGGCGAAGAUAUUUCGGCUCGUUAG